UAACAGUGAGAAGCCGGUGACACAGAGAGCGAGAGAGAGAAAGGGAGGUGGUGAGAUCACAAAUAAAACAUCACGGCACUGAAAAGGCUCUACCGGGAGAGAGAGGUCAUUUGCACCGUGAGAUUGCUUCUAAAGAAUGAGAAGGACUUUGAAAGAAUAUUAUAAAGUGCGCAUGCACAAUGGAGAUGUGGAAUUUCUGAAGCCUGAAGACCGGUAUAGGACUGGCAAAUGUGCAGGUAUGAGGACAUACAUGUUUUAAAGGAAAUUCAACAUACUCUUCAUGCGCUGUGAUGGGCAGCUGCAGUAGUAAGAGCAGAACAAGAGUACUUAAGGUGAACAUUGUCCAGCCUACGAACCCCCUAGACGUGCCAGUAGGAGAAAACAUUGAAGGAAGAAGUGGGACCUACGAUCAGGGGGCAGAACAGGAACCCUUUGGUAGAAGCAUUACGAAGGACAACCUGAGUAAGGUGACAGGGAGAGGUGGGUGCAAACCAAAGCCUAAAGAUCAAGAUCUCCAGCUCCUAGACGAGAUCUUGGCGGAGUCCGAAGACUGUUUAUCCUGGCAAGAUCCUACAUCUGAAGUGCGUACGUCUGUAUCCAGGUCGCACAAUGCCAACUCAAGUCCUGACCCGAAGCUCGGUCCUGAAAGAAAACUCCAAAAACCAUCAGAGCUCCAGCCGUCAUCUUCUGGUUUGGAAGAGUCCCAAUGUAGACACCACCCUGUCAAAGAGAACUGCAACAAAACAGUUGAAAUGGCAAAAGGACCCCUAGAUUUCGAGAACAAUAACCUGCCUUACAAGCCUCCAAGCUUAUGCACAGAUCCUAUUGAAAAGACGAUUGUCAUAAGAUACGAUGAUUCCGAAGAAGCAUUAAUGGACAGUAUCGAAGAGGAAUACUCUCAGCAAGACGUCCAGCCUCACUGCAGCGGGGAUAAGUAAACCAAAGGCAGGACACUGAAGAAAUGCACUUUAUUAAACUUAAAGAUUUUCAGCAUUCUUCAACACUUAUCACUGCGUCACUUCUGUUGCAGCCGAUAACAUCCCAGGAGUUAAUAUAAUAGUCUUGUACAAGGGAUUUGCCUCUAUCCUAUUUUUGAAGAUGCAAACAUUUUAAGUUAGGGUAAAAAUAAAAUGUGCAUUAAAAAAAAAAUGUACCGGUAAUCAGAGAAUUUUAAUCACCAUUUAAGUUACCUGCCUGUUUUUACAGACCUUGUGCAUUACAAGUGCACUGCAAUAGU